AUGGUGCGAGUUAGUGUGUUGAAUGAUGCUCUGAAGAGCAUGUACAAUGCAGAGAAACUUGGGAAGCGUCAGGUCAUGAUCAGGCCUUCCUCAAAGGUGAUCAUCAAGUUUCUUUUGGUGAUGCAGAAGCACGGAUAUAUCGGUGAGUUUGAGUUUGUAGAUGAUCACAGGGCUGGGAAAAUUGUGGUCGAAUUGAAUGGAAGACUGAACAAAUGUGGGGUUAUCAGUCCUCGUUUUGAUGUGGGUGUCAAGGAGAUUGAAACUUGGACUGCAAGGUUGCUUCCUUCAAGACAGUUCGGAUAUAUUGUCUUGACAACUUCUGCUGGCAUUAUGGACCACGAAGAGGCCAGAAGAAAGAAUGUUGGUGGCAAAGUGCUGGGUUUCUUUUACUAG